AUGUUCUCGAUUCUCGUUUUCGCGGCGCUCAACGCGCAAUCGCAGGGAAUCACAAUACAGUUACCGACCAACAUUUCGCAGUGCGUCCCCGCCACCAUAAAAUGGAGUGGCGGCGUCGCGCCAUACGCUCUCAUUGCCAGCCCGAACCCAGUAACCGUCGUCGACAUUGUACGAGUGUACAUCAACAUCACCGGCAAUUUCUUCGACUGGACGCCCAGCUUCGACACGCAGACAUACGUCUUCCUCUCCCUCAGUGACAGCACGGGCGCCGUUGCGCGCUCGGGAGGCUUCAUUCCCUCUGCAAGCAACGACACCAGCUGCCUUCGAAGCCAACCGGCCCCAACUUCCUCGUCUCCCGAAGCCACCUCGACUGCCGAGGAAGGCGAGAGCGCGAAUUCCCCUUCCACCGACACUGGUUCUCGCGGACUAAAUGGGGGCGCUAUAGCCGGGAUCGUCGUUGGCAGUCUGGUGGCCGCUGUCGUGCUCGCCUUCUUGGCUUUGUGGAUAUCUAGGAUGCGCGCUCUAGCAGCUCGUAAACGCGCUAGGGCUUCACCAUCGCACUGGCAGGCCCUGUCGGAUAUUUCCUCUAGGAGGGGAGGUUAUGCCUUCGACGGCGGGGCUGCCCAGCUCGAGAAACACGCGGACAAGUCUGCCUCACCAAUCUUUGCCCUGAACCAGUCGAGCUCGCUCGUUGAGGACGUGUCACCCCAUCGCGCUGUGGCGGAACCUCUCCCGCAGUAUCCACCCACUAGCCCUGUUUGA